AACAAGCAGGCUUAAUUCUCAGCAUCACCUUUUCAAAAGUUCAACAUGCGGCUUGCCCUCUGCUAGUUUUCGCAUUCAGUUGGCGCGAACCCAGGCGGAGUUACGCCUGUCUUUGGAUUGUUCAUUCCAAAGGGCUCGAAGGGGACGAACUCCGCAUAGGACCACGCGGUGAAAUCCAUUGUUUCUAAGGCUCUUCUAGGGGAAGAGGUGGAACGUCAGAAAAUAAGCUUAAACUCGCCGCUGAUUGGCUAUAAUAUUUUUUAUCACGUGAUCUGCGCCGUACCGGAGGGAGGCAGCGUUCCCCUCGGUCUCCUAGCAACGGCGAUGGCGCGUGAGGAGGAAGGGUGCAAGUACCUGGAGCAGCACAAAAUCCCCGACCUUUUGCAUAAUCUAAGCGCGUUGCUGCUGUAUCACCGCCCAGAAAAACCAAGAGAGUUCUUGAUACAGACAUUAGAAAAAAUAAAGCUUGCAAGAAUGACAAAUGACUAUCCUUAUCUUUUGGAUGAAGCAAACUUGAAUGCUAUGUUUGAUAUGUUAGAUACUGCAGGCGAGGGCUACAUAACCGUACCUCAGUACAAAGGAGCUCUCCAAAGCAUAGGAUUGACUACUGAUGAUAUAGUUUAUUCAGAUGAAGAGAAAAUUACAUCAGAUGUCUUCAAGGAAAAUGUGAUGAAAAAAUUUGCAGCAAUGUGGAGUGCAUUUUGAUUGUGAAUGUUCUGCUCUAAACACUUUGGUAUUUUGAAGAACCAAUAAUUUCAUUUGUUUAAUUGACCUUUUGUCCACUAGCUGUUUCACCACUACAACAGAUGUAGAAUUGCAUAUUUCAUUCAUAAAAGUAAAUUUAAAAUAAUAUUUCCUUUGUCAUAAACCUUGGGUAUAAUUCA